AUGUCCUUAGUAAAAAUAUUUUCUCUGUCCACACGAGUUCGUGCAUCGGGAGCUAGUGGUAUGCUCGUACGACAUGCUAGUUCUAGUCAGGAAGGAAAAACUGAAAAAGUGUAUCCUCCAAAUGUACCAGGCUUCAAAUAUGUGAAUGCAGAAGAUCCAGAUAUGAGUUUUAAGGAAAUGACCAAUAGGGCUGCUCAAACUUUAUUCUGGACUGAACUGGCUAGAGGCUUUGCUGUUACUUUAGCUCAUAUUUUCAAGGAGCCGGCAACAAUUAACUAUCCAUUUGAGAAAGGACCUUUAUCACCCAGGUUUAGAGGCGAGCAUGCAUUGCGUAGAUAUCCCUCUGGUGAAGAGAGAUGUAUUGCUUGCAAAUUAUGUGAAGCUAUUUGCCCAGCUCAGGCUAUUACCAUUGAAGCAGAAGAGCGCAAGGAUGGCUCCCGCAGAACCACCAGAUAUGAUAUUGACAUGACCAAAUGUAUUUAUUGUGGAUUCUGCCAGGAGGCAUGCCCAGUAGACGCCAUAGUUGAAGGCCCCAACUUUGAGUUCUCGACGGAAACUCACGAAGAACUUUUGUACAACAAGGAAAAACUACUUUCCAACGGUGACAAAUGGGAAAGCGAGAUUGCGUCUAACAUUAGGGCAGAUCAUCUCUAUCGU